CUGAGUGCUUGUCAGGGGUGAGCUCCUCUCCCUCAUUCGUCACCUUUUUUGGUUUCACUCACUUACCCUGACUUCCUUUUGACGUGGAGAGGUAGAAAAGAAAGAAAAGUUUAUAAGAGUUAAAUUGUUAGGGUGAGACACCAAAGCUGAAACCAUGUGUUGUACUGGAAAGUGCGCCCGCCUAGUGGGCCUGAUCCUGCUGCCUUCAGCCUUCAUCUGCAUGAUCUCAAACCUGCUGCUGUUCUUUCCUGACGGGAAAAAUCUGGACAGUGAUCAGAUCUCCACGCAAGUCUGGCUCAUGGGGGGGAUCAUCGGAGGAGGCCUGUUUAUGCUGUGCCCAAGCUGCUCGGCUAUCAGGGCCGGGGGCAAGGGUUGCUGUGGAAAAGGUUGCUGUGGUAACCGUUGCAGGAUGCUGAACUCUGUUUUCUCCUCUGCUUUUGGUCUUAUUGGAGCUAUUUACUGUACCAGCGUGGCCUCGGCCGGUUUGGCUGUUGGACCCAAAUGCCAGGUGGCUGCUGAAAGCUGGAAGUACCCCUUUGAAAACUUGGAGAGUGGCAGCUACCUUACAAACCAGACUUUGUGGUCAAUUUGCGAGUUCCCCGAAAAUGCAGUGAUGUGGCAUGUCGUGUUGUUCGCUAUAAUCCUGUGUAUGGGCAUGCUGCAACUGGUUCUCUGUGGCAUCCAAGUGGUCAACGGCUGCAUGGGCUGCAUCUGCGGGGACUGUCGGGACAGCAAAGAUGAUGAUAGCGGACUGUGAAGUUUAAGAAGAGGAUCCUGAAGAAAUCUGCCUUAAUCAAAAUCUCUGUGAAUAUGCUUGUUGAGAUUUCCUUUUGAUGCUUUUUAGAUAUGUUAAAACUUUACUCCAUUAUUUUGUAAAUUUUAACGUUCCUGUGAGUGUUUCCUAAAUUUUUUCUUUUUUUUUUUCUUUUCUUUUCUUUUAUUUUUUGGUUUGAAAACAUUUACUCUACCAACCAAAAAUUUACGAAUGAAGCAUCCACGUGAGGAGUGUAAGGAUCAUAUUUCGUCUGUACGAAAUUGUAUUUUUUUCUAAAGAUAUACACUGUGGACGUGACAACACCAUAAAAACUGUAGCUGAAUGAAAAAUAUACCGAGGUAAUGUCCAUCAUCACUAUUCCGCAGUAAGUUUCAUCUACUUGCAUUUAUGAUUAGCGGCAGGAUGGAAAAAAUAGUUUACAGACUUGCUGGACUUUGCAAGCUUGACAAGGUUUCUUAUGAAAUAGAUAGUUGUUAGCUUGUGAAAACUGAUAGAAAUUCCAUUUGAAAUGACUUGUAUAUGAAUAUGUUCUGCAAAGUAAAAAUUAUGCUAUAACCAGAUAA